AUGCUCCACACUCUCCAAACCGCCCUCCACAAACUCCCCCGACUCUCCACCCUCCUCCACACCUUUCCAGAACCCCCCACCGCCCCCCACCCCCCAUACCCAACCCACCCCCAAAACCUCCUCACCCUCAUAACAUCCCACCACCACGAGCUCCUCGCAAAAUUCGAAACCCUCAAAACAGCCGUAAUGGACGCCGUUUCUCCUCCUCCACCUGCACCGGCGGCAGCAGCAGCGGCGGGGGGAGCAACACUAUCAGACGACAUCAUCGACAACGCCAUAUCUGCCCUGCAGGGUCUCAAGACUAUCACAGAGACACAGGAAACAAUAGCACAUCUAUACCCCAGCGCACAGCAGCCCCACCUCGGCGAGGCCACAAAGCUCAUCUCAUCCUUCAUCUCUAGUACCGCCGAGCUGCGCACCCGCUGCAUGCGUGAGCAGGACCUGCUCGUGCCCGGGUGUAUCGACUGGUACACCGCGCAAGCCGGCGCCAUCUGUGCGGCGACGCCGUGGCAUCGGGAGCUAACGUUCCGGCUACAUGGGCUUGCACGGGUGCUGGAGGAACUGUGUUGGUGUGAGGGUCGUGAGGGGUGUGUGCAUUCGAUUAUCGAGCAGGAAGAGGAGGGACCGGAGGUUAUUGCAGUGUCGGUGGUGCACCCGGGGGCGGGGUGGGAUGAUGUGAGGAGGUGUUUAGUGGCGGGGGUUAAGGCGGUGACAAGGCUGGAGGGGGAGGUGUUUGCGGUUGUUGGUGGGGCGGUGGUAGUGGAGAGGUGGGAUGGAGGCGUGAUUGAUGGGGAGGUGUGGGGGAGGGAGUGGAGAGAUGUGGAUGUGGUGGAUGUGUUUUGGCCCGGUGAAGAUGAAGAGGAUGAGGAUGAUGGUGAUGAUGGUGAGUAUUCGAUGGUUUCUGGAAGCUCGAUGGCGAGUGGUGUUCGUGAUGCGAGUCUGAGAAGUUCCAGCAGUAAGGACAUGUGGGGGAUCUACUACGAAAAAUCCCCUGUGAGUGAGAAGAAGUCUCCCACAUCAGUUAAGAGUAAUGUCAAGUCUAGGCCUACUCCUUCCUUAGUUGAUGGUAGUGUCAAGUCUGAGCCUACUCCUUCGUCAGUCAACAGUAGUGUCAAGCCUAGGCCUACUCCUUCUUCACUUGAUGAUGUUUUCAAGCCCGAGCCUACUCCUCUCUCAGUCAAUAAUAGUGCAAAGCCUGAGUCUGUUCCUUCCUCUAAGUCUUCAGGCCGCUCCUCCGAGGGUAUUCCGGGUAUCCUCAAAUCUAGAACUUCGAGCACGACCAAGAGCAGUGGUAGCGGCUGUACUGUCCGGUUCGCCAGCACAACUUCUUCUCCUCCUGGAACGGUUCAAGAGCGAGAUAGUCAUCUUCGUAGGCGUGUUGGUAGUGCCUCCUUAAGGGCUCCCAGCUUUCUCUCCCCGAUGAAAGAUGACAAGAAGUCUCAAGCGGCCACAGUAACUCAUCCGUACCUCAAGCGUGGGUCUGGUAUGAACAGGAAGUCAAUGCCGGCACUUAAGUAG